CUCUUCCCUCCCCCUCCAUUCCCUUGCAGAUUUGCAUUAGCCAAGAAACCAUUUAAAACCAAAUCAUAAGUUCACUGUUCAACCACGCCUAUAUCAUAUAUAUUAUCUGCUUCGUUUCAUCAGCCAAGAACUAAUGGCAAAGGAGGAAUGCGAGUUAGAAUUCGAGGACUUCCUUCCAUCAAUGGCGGAGCGGCUCGGCGCCACCGGCCUCAUCGAGGAGCUCUGUAAAGGAUUCCGGCUUCUGAUGGACGCAGAGAAGGGUGUGAUCACGCUGGAGAGCUUGAAACAGAACGCUGCUGGAAUGCUUGGGCUGACAGAGCUUGGGGAAGAAGAAGCCGUGGAGAUGUUGAGAGAAGGUGAUUUGGAUGGAGAUGGAGCGUUAGAUCAGAUGGAGUUCUGCAUACUAAUGUUUCGGCUAAGUCCUGAGCUGAUGGAGGGGUCAAGUUGGAUGCUGGAGGAGGUGAUGGGUAAGGAGAUGGUCGGAUUAUUGCUUGAUAUAACUAAUAAGAAAAUGUGAUGAUUAGUUAUUUUCAUGGCGAGCAAGUCACAGUAAUCCACUCUUUGAAUAGCUGAAGGUUGAGAAUAAAUCUUCAUUCUGAGUUGAGUGAUAAUAUGAUAUCUUUUUG